UCCGCUUUCUCGGCGUCCUCUUUGUCACGAUGGCCUUCUUGACUUGGCCUUCCAAGGGAGUUUUGGCAUUCGAUUCAGAUUCGUCGUCAGCGGAUGAAAUUGAUAUCAUGACCGUGGAGGGCGGACGAGCCGAGUUGCCGUGCAAUAUCUUGGCACCCACCCCAGGAGAUAGUGUUUAUUUAGUCCUAUGGUACAGGAAGGAGUCCCCUACUCCUAUUUAUAGUUUCGACUCUCGAAAAGGCCAAGAUGAGCCGGGUUCGGAUCGGCCGGAUCUUUGGUCCGAACCCACGGCCUUUGGGGAUCGGGCCCAUUUCCGCGUGUCUACCUCUCCGGCCAUGCUGAGUGUAACGGGCGUGCAACGCUUCGAUAAAGGCACUUACAUUUGUCGGGUGGACUUUCGACAAUCCCCCACAAUGUACCACAAUAUCAACUUGGAUGUCAUUGUUCCACCCCAAAAACCCUUGAUUAUUGAUGACAGGGGACAACAAGUGGAAGGCGACGUCGGAAUUGGACCAUUUCGAGAGGGCGAGAGUCUUUCCUUGGAGUGUAACGUUCCUGGAGGUCGGCCUUUGCCCAGCGUGUAUUGGUACUUGAACGACCAGCUUAUUGAUGGCACUUAUCAGCAGACCUACGAGCGAACCAUCAAAAAUGGUCUCUACAUCGAGAGAUUAAAGCGGGAACACACUCAAGGCAGACUCCGAUGCUUGGCCUCCAACAACAAUAUCACUAGACCCGUGGAGACGUCGGUGCAGCUCAAAAUGUUAUUUCCACCUCAAGGUGCCAAAAUCGAGAUGCCAAAUCAUCCCUUGACAGCGGGACGAGAAUACGCCAUCGCUUGUCAAGUGUGGGGCUCGAACCCGCCCGCUCGUAUCGAGUGGCACCGCGGGGCUUCCCAGGAUCUAAGACCUCUGAAUGCCUACAAUCAGACCUACUUAGAUGGUGGAAACGUGACUGUCAGUUGGAUUCGCCUAAUCCCCGAACCCAAUUUCCACUUACAAACGCUGACAUGUCGGGGCUCGAACGAGGAGCUCCUCACCGCCACAUCACAGAUCGUCGAGGACUACAAACGACUUGAGGUGUUCUUUGCGCCCACGGUGGAACUGUCCUUGGGAAGAAUGGUCAAUCCCACGGAUUUGGAGGAGGGCGAUGAUAUCUACUUUUCAUGUUCCAUAAAGGCUAAUCCGCCUGCUUACAAGCUUACCUGGUGGCACAACGGCGAGGAAGUGGUUCACGAUCUUUCGAAUGGGAUCAUCAUUUCCAAUCAAAGUUUGGUCCUCCAAAAAGUGACUCGUAAACAAGCUGGGAGUUACACGUGUGAGGCAUCCAAUGUGGAGGGUGACCAGGUCUCCAAACCAGUCGUGGUCACAAUCAUGUACAAACCCAUCUGUUUGCAAGAUCAGAAAACGAUUUACGGCGUGUCCGAAGGGGAGACGGCCCAUAUUUCAUGCCGAGUGGACGCCUAUCCUGAGGCAGACGUGUUCUCCUGGAGCUUCAACACGUCCAGUGGAGGCAUGGACCUGUCCAGAGAUUCCUAUACCAACCAAGGUUCCGCUUCGCUCCUCUCAUAUGUGCCCAAAUCGCAAAUGGAUUAUGGAACCGUAUUGUGUCGAGCUGGUAACCUGGUGGGCAGACAGGUGGUUCCGUGUGUGUUCCACGUCAUCCCUGCAGGUCCCCCAGAUCCUCCCAAGAAUUGCACACUUACCAACCAGACCCAAGACAGUCUGCAAGUGGACUGUCGAGAAGGCUUUAGCUCGGGAUUAAAGCAAGAAUUCCAUAUGGAAGUAUUUACACUCCCUGAGCAUCAACUUGUGGUGAACAUCACGGCCAGAAGCCCGAAACUCUUGGCCAGAGGUCUGCCACCGGAUUCCACGCUCUUCCUUCGAGUGUAUGCGUCCACUGCCAAAGGCCGGAGUCGAAGUGUCACCUUUGAAGGCUACACGUUGCAUAUGGCCGAUAAACAAACAGUGGUCCAUGGUUCGUCUCAAGCGGAAUUGGAAACGAGGCCGAAGGAUGAUCAAUGGCCUUUGAUGACUGUGGUGCUUUUGGGCGUGGCUCUGACUCUCCUUGUCAUCAUAUUCGUGAUCGGGUUCAUCGCUCGCAUUGGGAAACGAAUCCCACCCAGUUCCACCCAUCACCACGGAUCCCACCUUCACCAUCAUCCACACCAUAAAGGAGGUCCGGGUGGAUCGAAUGACAUAAUGUUGAGGCAUCGUGGCGACACGCUCAUCAACAAGGCCUUCCAGGACGUGGGCUCGGAUCAGCAAAGCACUCACAUGAUGGAGAUUGACAAAAGCCCUGACGUGAUUCCACAUUUCAACGGCCCAGUGAGUCCUCCACCUUCAACCAUCGAUGGUCAAGGGAGUUUUUCGGAUGAGACCAUGCUCAACAACAGACUACACCCGUACAACAACGCCAAUGGCAACCCUGACCCCUCCAUAAAGCUUAUGGGUGGAGAUCCCAUGACGAAACUUUACAAUUACUCCAAUGGCACGAAGAACGUCAAUAGUUUCCAGAAUCAGAAGCAAGACAACCUCUUAAGGUCUUCCAACUUGUAUAGUCCUGCAGGUACAUCAGAUUCAUCAGGGUUCUCGGAACGAGAUUCCACGGGCGGUUUUGGCCUAACGGGACCCAACGAACGCAACAUGUAUACCCUUCCUGCCCAUUCGGCCCUUCGUGUUCCCUUGAAUAACGCCACUCAGGCGAGCCACAACUUUGCGCCGGGUCACUUGUCUCACGAAACGAGUGGCGUGCUCCAUGGUGGGCGUGUUGGUUCCCCCAGCUACUUUAGCUACCACAAUCCCACCCUCAUGGCAUCGCCCUAUUCCACGCUUCCUCGCCGAAUGCCAAAUGGAACCAACGAGUUCUCGACCGUGAAUUCGAUUAGUGGCAAUCGUGGACGGAACUCGCCGUUGCUGAAUAUUGUGGAACACUCCAUGGACACAUUUCACACUGGGAGUCUUCAGAGGAACGUGUCCAUGUUAUCACCUUCAAUUGUGGGCACUACAAGCUCGACAAAAUCGAACAAGCUCGCCACCAAAGCCGCCUUACUCAAACCUGAUGACCGGGAAAGCUGCGUCUAGGACCUCCAAUACUGCAUCUCUUUUCCUACCGUGUUUUCCAUCUUGUCCCCUUUUAAAAUGACACUAAAAGUGUUUCCCGCCCAAGAUUACUCCAUAUAUAGAUGUUCAUGGUUAGACCAUAAUUCAGCUCAACCCUCUUAAUGACCCUCUCAUUUCAAUCGUUGUAAGUCGAAUUCAAAGGAACCUCAUGCCCAGACCAUCAAAACCUCAUGGUUUUCUACUUACGGAUGAACUUGUUCUUGUUUUUGUCUAGGCCGCUCAUCCCAGUUCCUGAUGAAUAUCAUACCAAGCAAUGGAAAAUUCAUUCUGUUCGAUGAUUCUACUACCAUUCGAAAUGUCUCUUUGUCACUUUAUUAUCAUCAUACCCUGUUGGUAAUAAAACAGUAAAAUUUUAAA